UAAUCAAAGAAGUAAGAAAGAAAGAAAGAAAAAAAAAAAUGGUGUUGAAGAUCUAUGCUCCUUUAUUCGCUUCUUCGAAACGAGCAGUGGUGACACUUAUAGAGAAGGGUGUAUCCUUCGAAACUGUCCAUGUCGAUCUCAUGAAAGGAGAACAGCGAAAUCCUGAGUAUCUUGCUAUUCAGCCUUUCGGUAAAAUCCCUGUGCUCGUCGAUGGAGACUACAAAAUCUUCGAGUCGCGUGCGAUCAUGAGGUACAUAGCAGAGAAGUACAGAUCACAAGGACCUGAUCUCUUAGGGAAGACAAUUGAAGAGAGAGGACAAGUAGAACAAUGGCUUGACGUUGAGGCAACUAGCUACCACCCACCACUAUUAGCUUUAACGCUCAACAUUGUCUUUGCACCUCUCAUGGGCUUUCCUGCUGACGAGAAAGUUAUUAAGGAGAGUGAAGAGAAGCUUGGAGAAGUUCUUGAUGUCUAUGAAGCUCAGCUUUCCAAGAACGAGUACUUGGCUGGUGAUUUUGUGAGUCUAGCUGAUUUAGCUCACCUUCCCUUCACUGAGUAUCUCGUUAACCAGAUCGGCAAGGCUUAUAUGAUCAAAGAUAGGAAGCAUGUUAGCGCCUGGUGGGAUAAGAUUAGUAGCCGUGCUGCCUGGAAGGAGGUUUCUGAGAAGUACGCGUUACCUGUUUAAUCAAGGAGGGUGUGGUUCUCGUGUUGACUUGUGGUUUGUGAGAGCUCUGAGUCAUGUUGAGGGAGCUCCGUUUUGGUUCCAUUGUCUUCUGGUUUCAAUAAUAAACGGAACUCUGCCUCGUUUGUAUGUUGUUUCUGGUUUCUUGUAUUUUGUAAUCACUCAAGCUUUUAAUAAGACUUUAAGAAUCAGAUAGA